UUCUCGUCCUGCUUUCUGCGGGGACGCGGCGGUCCCCCGUCUUGGCAUGGGCACUCCUGGGGAAGGUAUAAAGGCCACCUCCCGCCAGCCGGGCUCCAGGGCACUCGCGGGGGCUGGUGUCGCUGGUCACUCGUGCGCCAGACAGUCCACCAUGGCCUCAGACCACCAGACCCAGGCGGGCAAGCCGCAGCCCCUCAACCCCAAGAUCAUCAUCUUUGAGCAGGAGAACUUCCAGGGCCACUCGCAUGAGCUCAGCGGGCCGUGCCCCAACCUGAAGGAGACCGGCGUGGAGAAGGCAGGCUCUGUCCUGGUGCAGGCUGGACCCUGGGUGGGCUACGAGCAAGCCAACUGCAAGGGCGAGCAGUUCGUGUUCGAGAAGGGCGAGUACCCGCGCUGGGACUCCUGGACCAGCAGCCGGAGGACCGACUCCCUCAGCUCCCUGAGGCCCAUCAAAGUGGACAGCCAGGAGCACAAGAUCAUCCUCUAUGAGAACCCCAACUUCACGGGCAAGAAGAUGGAGAUCAUAGACGACGACGUGCCCAGUUUCCACGCCCACGGCUACCAGGAGAAGGUGUCCUCCGUGCGGGUGCAGAGUGGCACGUGGGUCGGCUACCAGUACCCCGGCUACCGCGGGCUGCAGUACCUGCUGGAGAAGGGGGACUACAAGGACAGCAGCGACUUCGGGGCGCCCCACCCCCAGGUACAGUCCGUGCGCCGCAUCCGCGACAUGCAGUGGCACCAGCGGGGGGCCUUCCACCCCUCCAACUAG